UGCCAGCCGAGAUUGCAGGCUCUGGGGCUGAGGCAGGAGGAGGGAAGGACUGGAAAGAAGAGAGAUAGGUUAGAGGGAAGAGGCUUGGGAAGGAAACAGCAAGAAAGAAACUGGUCUUCACACUUCCAGAGAGGCAAACGACGGUGGAGAUGAGGACAGAGAGUAAGACUAUGAAAGCCAAAAACUACAAAUAGAGCGAAAGAGGAAAAAAUGCCAAGAAGCACAUCCAUCCGGAGAAAUGAAGAGAAUCAAAGUUUUAUGCUGCAGGACCGUUCUAUGCUUUUUCGGCACAAAAUUCUCUCGCCGUUUUUAAGCUCUUCUGCAUUUGCCAGCCGUUGACGUUAAGAGGCAUGUUCAGCGGUGCCAACAGCAUCUCCUCUUCCUCUUCCUCUUCCACCUCAUUCUUCUCCUCCCAUCAGCAAGAAGACAAACCGAGGACAGUCUUGAAAUAUCAAAAUUUCCUCCUUGGGCUUUGCCAGCACCGCGUUGCGCCAAGACUGUCGGAAUAAAGGACGCUGACUAUUGUUAUUAUUUUAUUAAUUGGUCAGUGGGAAGAUUACAGAUGAGGAAAGGGGACGCCUGUCACCCUUCCUGCGCUAAGAUUGAAAAAUUAGGCUGAACUGGGGGAAACCCUAAAAUGAGGCAAAAGGAAUUAGAUUUUUAAGGACAGAAAGCCACAAGACAGCCCCCCCACCCCCCACACACACAGAGCGCACUUUUAUUUGAGAUUUUUUUUUUUUUUCGUGGUGGCUGGGGAGGCGAUUGGGUGGCUGGCUGGCUGCGGGAAGCUGCUUCCUUUCCCUUUGGAGAUGAUUGUGCUAUUAUUCUUCGCCUUGCUCUGGAUGGUGGAAGGAGUCUUUUCCCAGCUUCACUACACGGUCCAGGAGGAGCAGGAACAUGGCACUUUCGUGGGGAAUAUCGCUGAAGAUCUGGGCUUGGACAUUACAAAACUUUCGGCUCGCGGGUUUCAAACGGCGCCCAACUCUCGGACCCCUUACUUGGACCUCAACCUGGAGACCGGGGUGCUGUACGUGAACGAGAAGAUUGACCGCGAGCAAAUCUGCAAGCAGAGCCCCUCCUGCGUCCUGCACCUGGAGGUCUUCCUGGAAAACCCCCUGGAGCUGUUCCGGGUGGAGAUCGAGGUGUUGGACAUCAAUGACAACCCCCCCUCCUUCCCGGAGCCGGACCUGACCGUGGAGAUCUCUGAGAGCGCCACGCCGGGCACCCGCUUCCCCUUGGAGAGCGCAUUCGACCCAGACGUGGGCACCAAUUCCUUGCGCGACUACGAGAUCACACCCAACAGCUACUUCUCCCUGGACGUGCAGACCCAGGGGGAUGGCAACCGAUUCGCCGAGCUGGUGCUGGAGAAGCCGCUGGACCGAGAGCAGCAAGCGGUGCACCGCUACGUGCUGACCGCGGUGGACGGGGGAGGAGGGGCCGGAGGAGGCGGAGCGGGAGGGGGCCUGCUCCCCCAACAGCAGCGCACCGGCACGGCCCUACUCACCAUCCGAGUGCUGGACUCCAACGACAAUGUGCCCGCCUUCGACCAACCCGUCUACACUGUGUCCCUCCCAGAGAACUCGCCGCCGGGCACGCUCGUGAUCCAGCUUAACGCCACGGACCCAGAUGAGGGCCAGAAUGGCGAGGUCGUGUAUUCCUUCAGCAGCCACAUUUCGCCCCGGGCGCGGGAGCUCUUCGGACUCUCUCCUCGCACUGGCCGACUGGAGGUGAGCGGCGAGCUGGACUACGAAGAGAGCCCGGUGUACCAAGUGUACGUACAAGCCAAGGACCUGGGCCCCAACGCCGUGCCCGCGCACUGCAAGGUGAUCGUGAGAGUGCUGGAUGCCAACGACAACGCGCCGGAGAUCAGCUUCAGCACCGUGAAGGAGGCGGUGAGCGAGGGCGCGGCGCCCGGCACGGUGGUGGCCUUGUUCAGCGUGACCGACCGCGACUCAGAGGAGAAUGGGCAGGUGCAGUGCGAGCUGCUGGGGGAUGUGCCGUUCCGCCUCAAGUCUUCCUUCAAAAACUACUAUACCAUCGUGACCGAGGCCCCUCUGGACCGAGAGGCGGGGGACUCCUACACCCUGACCGUGGUGGCUCGGGACCAGGGCGAGCCUGCGCUCUCCACCAGCAAGUCGAUCCAGGUGCAGGUGUCCGAUGUGAACGACAACGCACCGCGAUUCAGCCAGCCGGUCUACGACGUGUAUGUGACCGAAAACAAUGUGCCGGGCGCCUACAUCUACGCGGUGAGCGCCACAGACCGUGACGAGGGCGCCAACGCCCAGCUAGCCUACUCUAUCCUCGAGUGCCAGAUCCAGGGCAUGAGCGUCUUCACUUACGUAUCCAUCAACUCCGAGAACGGCUACUUGUACGCCCUGCGCUCCUUCGACCACGAGCAGCUCAAGGACUUCAGCUUCCAGGUGGAAGCCCGGGACGCCGGCAGCCCCCAGGCGCUGGCUGGCAACGCCACUGUCAACAUCCUCAUCGUGGAUCAGAACGACAACGCCCCUGCCAUAGUGGCGCCCCUUCCGGGGCGCAACGGGACUCCGGCGCGCGAGGUGCUGCCCCGCUCGGCGGAGCCCGGUUACCUGCUGACCCGCGUAGCCGCGGUGGACGCGGACGACGGCGAGAACGCCCGGCUCACCUACAGCAUUGUGCGGGGUAACGAAAUGAACCUAUUCCGCAUGGAUUGGCGCACCGGGGAGCUCCGCACGGCGCGCCGGGUGCCGGCCAAGCGCGACCCCCAGCGGCCUUACGAGCUGGUGAUCGAGGUGCGCGACCACGGGCAACCUCCCCUGUCCUCCACCGCCACCCUGGUGGUGCAGCUGGUGGAUGGCGCUGUCGAGCCCCAGGGCGGGGGCGGGGGCGGGGGCGGGGGGUCAGGGGAGCACCAACGCCCCAGCCGCUCCGGCGGCGGGGAGACCUCGCUGGACCUCACCCUCAUCCUCAUCAUCGCGCUGGGCUCGGUGUCCUUCAUCUUCCUGCUGGCCAUGAUCGUGCUUGCCGUGCGUUGCCAAAAAGAGAAGAAGCUCAACAUCUACACGUGUCUGGCCAGCGACUGCUGCCUCUGCUGCUGCUGCUGCAGCGGUGGCGGCUCGACCUGCUGCGGCCGCCAAGCCCGGGCGCGCAAGAAGAAACUCAGCAAGUCGGACAUCAUGCUGGUGCAAAGCUCCAACGUACCCAGUAACCCGGCCCAAGUGCCGGUGGAGGAGUCCGGGGGCUUUGGCUCCCAUCACCACAACCAGAAUUACUGCUACCAGGUCUGCCUGACCCCCGAGUCCGCCAAGACCGACCUGAUGUUCCUUAAACCCUGCAGCCCUUCGCGGAGUACGGACACUGAGCACAACCCUUGCGGGGCCAUAGUCACCGGCUACACAGACCAGCAGCCCGACAUCAUCUCCAACGGAAGCAUUUUGUCCAACGAGACUAAACACCAGCGAGCAGAGCUCAGCUAUCUAGUUGACAGACCUCGCCGAGUUAACAGUUCUGCAUUCCAGGAAGCCGACAUAGUAAGCUCUAAGGACAGUGGCCAUGGAGACAGCGAACAGGGAGAUAGUGAUCACGAUGCCACCAACCGCGGCCAGUCAGCUGGUAUGGAUCUCUUCUCCAACUGCACCGAGGAAUGUAAAGCCCUGGGCCACUCAGAUCGGUGCUGGAUGCCUUCAUUUGUCCCUUCUGAUGGACGCCAGGCUGCUGAUUAUCGUAGCAAUCUGCAUGUUCCUGGCAUGGACUCUGUUCCAGACACUGAGGUGUUUGAAACUCCAGAAGCCCAGCCUGGGGCGGAGAGGUCCUUCUCCACCUUCGGCAAAGAGAAGGCCCUUCACAGCACCCUGGAGAGGAAAGAGCUGGAUGGACUGCUGUCUAAUACACGAGCGCCUUACAAACCACCAUAUUUGACACGGAAAAGGAUAUGCUAGUCAAUUCUACAGGACUUACCUGAAGCAGCAUGAUUUGCACAAAGUCGACCAACAAAAGCAUCAACUUUUCAACUUCAUUAUCUUGGCCAUCCAGUUAGUUGUGUGUAACUGAGUAUUAGAUUGCCAGCGGAGUCAUUACGGCCAAUUAUAGGACCUAAUUGCUCUCAGCAGGCCUGAGAAAUGAGUUGAAAUGUGCAGAACUGUAGAAACUUUAGGCAACUGAUUUUGCCUCUCCGAUCAGUGUGUGCCUGUUUACAGCACUAUAUAUCUUUCUCUCUCCAAAUGUCACUGAGCCCUUUAGAUGUUUAUAUUCACCACGAGAAGCCAGUUAUAAAGAUAAAGGAAAUUUGUGCAUUAUAAAUGCAAUAUCACUGUUUUAAACUUGACUGUUUUAUAUUAUUUUUGUGUGAUCAAGUGUUCCCCAAACUAUUCCAACUUUACAAGAGAGAUUGUGAUUAUGUUCUUUUCACCUGUGGGUUAUAAAAAAUGUUGUAUUCUGAAGACCCACAAAAUAUCAAAGACAUUCUGUAGUUUAUACACCGUGUUGCAAAGUGUUUACUGUACUAUUUCAAAGCUUCUAAAUAAAUAUAAAAUAUAUAUAUUAUAUUAUAUAAUUUUCCUAAAAUGUGGUACAACUUAGUUGGUUUUUAAAUGGAUUCAUACAGUCUACAUCAUAUAAUAAAGUAAAAGGUAAUUCAGGGUCCCAAAGAUAAACUUACUAAGAAAAAAAUAAUCAUUAAUCGUUCCUUCCAGUUUUUGUAUCUUAUUCAACCCUGUUUUUCCUUGUUUAAAAGAAAAUGAAGCUCUAAGCUGCAAAAUUUUGUCAAGAACUCGUACUGAUUUUCAAUGCCAAAGAUAUAGCUGUCGAUGUUAUCAGAGGAGCACUGAACAUGUACUAUCAAAAUAUCUAACAAUCUACAUUAUUUCGAUUCUAUUUCUAUGGCUUUGAAUUUAGAAUCAUUUAAAGAUUUUAUAAAGAAUCUAUAAAUUCACCUGUAUCUGUUGUUAGGAAAAAAAAAAAACACUGGGUGUGUCUGUACAUUCUGUGGUGUAAAAUAUGUAAUUGAAAAUUAUUAUUUUAAAUGAAGUUCUUCAAUCAUAUAAUUCACACAAAGUUUUAUUUUACAUAGUUUUACAUAGUUUUGUGACUUCUAAUAACACAUGCAUAUAAAAUCUAUAACUCUAUAUGAAUAUAUAGAGGUACAUAAAUAUCUGAACUAGUAAAGAAUAACCAUAAGAUAUAAAGGAUCUCUAAAUUUAAAACAAAUUACAUAAAUUUGGAGACAGAAACAUGGUACAUUACUCUUUUAGUGUUAUAUGUGAAAAUUUUAUAGCUUAAAUGUAGUCAGUGUUUUAUUAAUGAGAAAAUUCUUCAUGAGUGGGCCUUGAAAAGUGAAGUUUGCUUUUUAUGUUUAUGUCAACAAGGUUAAUUAUUAAAUUCAGUAAGAUGCAUUUUCCUUUCUUUUACAUAUUUUCCUUUUAUUAUACUGUUUCUUGCUUGUUGAAGUACAAUUAAGAAAGAGAAGAAUCAGAGGAUGUGAUAAUCUUCUAAGCAAAAACCAGAUCUGUCACAGUUCCCCUCUAAAAACUCCCUCAACAUUAUGUCUAAAUGUUUGCCAAACCCAAAUUGCAGACUGAUUUUGAAAUAUUUCCCUUAAUUUUAACAGAUCUUAUGUUCGAUGAUAGUUUGAAUCAUGCUAUGUUAUUAAAGAACAGACUAAACUUAGCACGUAACAAAUGUUUUCCACCUAAUUUUAUGUCAUCUAAAUGGGAAUACUUUCCUAGAUUUGACAUUAAAAUGCAUACAUAUAUUCCUAGGUCCUUGAUGUGUAUAUUUGAGUGAUAUCUUGGUAUCACUCAUUUUUCUUAUCAGAUUAGACAUUAAUAUGUCAUAAUCCCAAUUUAUAUAUCAAAGUAAUGUGUGUGAUGUUCCAGCCUUUUGGGGACCCUUUAAAAAUAAAUGAAGCUAAUUUGUCACAUACGACACAUAAAGCACACACACUCACUAGAUCCAGCAGUAAGCUUUUCUUAAAAUUUUGGCAUUACUACAUUAAUAUUUUGAAUGAUAGACUAUUUUAGUAAGGAAACAUUUUUAUAUAAUUUAACUAGAAAAAAGUCUGUUGGUUGUAACUGCUUUUUAAACAAGAAAAUUAUUUUCUUGUUGAAUCACUCUGCUUUAAUUAAAACUUUUCACUCACCAUUUUACAGUUAUGGGGGAAACUCAUAUCCAUCUGCCUUAUUACACGCACUGAAAAUAAGGUUAUACUCACUUCCUAUGUAACAGCUAUAUUAAUUCAUUUGACUUAAAGAAAUUUUAUUUAAUUAUUUAAUCCUUUAUAUCGUUGUGUAUAAUUUCCCUUGAACCAACUUCUCAUACCAUAUAUUUGUCUAUUUGUUUUUUUAAUAUAUUAUAGUAACCUGUUAUACUAAUUUGCAUUUUAGUUCUUAAAUUUUAUCAUCAAUCUACAAAAACAAAAAAACACAAAAUUUUUACCUAAUCUGUGGGAUAACUAGAAUUAUUUAAACAAAAAAUAGUAAAAGAUUAGCUAUUAAUGUAUCUAUUGCAUCCAGAAUAAGUCAGAAGUUACAACAGAGUAAAGAUAUGAUUUUAUUAAACAUUUAUCAAAAUGUUUUCUCCCAGUGAGGGGAACCUUGAGAUGCAAGGAUGCAACCAAUCAAUAAUGAAGUUUUUCAAACAAACAUUUAUGAGAUUUGUAUGAAAAGGAAUUUUAGAAUAAGUUUUGUAAUUAAUCUAGUCAUCCUAAUAUCCAAUCUUCCAUAAUUGUACACAUAUCAAAGGAAAAUAAUACCCAAAUUAUUAGACAGUAUUUCAUCAAUUAAUUAUUUCAGAAAAUAAUCAUGACAUUUACUUCUUGUUAACAUGGCUAGUUUUAGAGUAGUAAAAGUCAAUAUUUUUCUGUGGAAACAGUGUCUUGAUGUUUCAGAGGUAUGUCAAAUGACAAUUUUUAGAAAUAUUCCAUCUGUAUGUAAAAUUCUAAUUUUUAACUUGUGAACAUAAGUUUGUGACAUCAUUUUAAAUCAAAUAUUUAAAUAUCACAUCAGAAUUACUUUACAGAUAUAAUGAUGUCUGCAUAAUUAUAAGUAUCAUCUUUCUUGGUAAAUACUAAGGAAAUAUGCAUAUUUUAUUUUAUGAAGAUAUUAAAUGCAAUGCCUUUAUCAAACAUUGCAAAUUAAGUGCUAUGGUAGAAGAUUUAAAGAUUUUAAUUACUUUUUCUCCUGUUUCAUUUCUUAAUAGUGCUAUAAUUUGCUGUUGGGUCGUUUGUAAUGUAGAAACCCUCCUGCAUCUCCUGUAAGAGGUGGAAAGAAAAUUCUCACAAUUUUUGACAUAAAUUUUAAUAACUGUGCAUUAAUUGUACCAUUUUACCUUCCAAAAGUUAUUUACUGGCAUAAAGUUCAUCUUUAAUAUAGUUAUUCAGUCAGAAUGUUGCAAGUGUUAAGUAGGAUAAAGAAAAUUACUCAAGUUACUGACUGAUAAUAGCACUGUUAUUUGUCAUUGCAUGUGGUUUUUUUCUCCCCUUUAUAUUUCUGUGUGUGUGUUUAAUACCCAAGGAGUUCAAAAAUACUGAAAACAUUGAUAUACUUGAUAAUUUUUCUGAAAAUCUUAUAUUUUUCAUAUUGCAAUUUCUUGGGUUAUUUAUCUUUUUCAACUCUAAUUUUGUAGUGGUAAAGGCUUUGCACUUAACAUCCUUUUUAUGUUCCUUUUUAACAAGGAAAAACAGAAAAUGACAAAAUUCCAUAUUUUUUAUGCCAUGGAGUAGUAAAAUUAUUUUAUAUAUUGUUAGCAUUUCAAGAAAUAUCCCUCUGCUAGGUCAAACAAAAAUCCUUAGACAGUAAUUUGUGAAACUACUGUUCGGUAGAGUAUUUUUGUUUUCUUCUAAAACUUGGCAUAGGUUUUAGAUUAUAGCAUUCUUUGAGAAUGCUGGUAGAUGGGUGCCGCCAGAGUAUUGCAGGCAAUAAUAUGACUAAAAUUCUAAUACCUUUAGUGUGCAUGCAUGUAUUUCUAACCACUGUUAUUUUUUAAGUAUUUGUAAAAUUAGAAAAAUGGCUUUUAUUUCUUGAAAACUUGUCACAUGCUCAGUUUGAAGUUUUACACUCCAGAUGUUUUUGAGUUGCAUGAAAAUAAUGCAUUAAUGAUGCAAAAAUAUUGAAUUUUCACAUGAGACUCAAAAAUUUCUGAAUGAGAGAACUCAGACUUCCAAUACAUCCAUACAUCCUUGAGCUGAAAGUAAGCAGGGAAUUUCAGCUCUAAACACAUUUUUGAGACAGUUAUCUGUGAGUGAAAACAGGGUAUUAUAACAAAAGAUGAGUUUAAAUCUUAACUAUAGUGUUUGUUACUGUGAAUGCUAUAAUGAUACCUAAGUAAAAUGAGUGUAAAUGUAAUAUAUUAUUUUAUACUGCUGUAUACAUAUGAAAUAAAUAAAACUAGGAUACAUAUUAUGCCAUUUUUCCAUGCAUGGAUCUUCCACUUACGCCUGUGGGAGCUUUGGAUAAAAAUCAGUGGCAAAAUAUGGCUCUAAGUUUAAAAACAACUAAUGCUGAUUUAGUAAUUUUAGUCUUAAUAUAUCAGGUCUAAGGGGACAUCUGUUCAAAACUGUUUCAUUUGAAGCAACAUAUGCUAGGUUUAAAGGAUUUCACUAUAUUUAUAGCUUUGAAAGUAGGCAUUUAGUUCCAUAUGAUUCUCAUGAUACCCACAAUGAAUAUUUUAUAUAUAUAUAUAUAUAUAUAUUUCCACCUGAUGUUAUAUUUCUUUUUAAUUUUUUAAGUGGUAGUAAUACAAAGGUCCACAAAGAUUAAUACAAAGGUUUUAUAUAGGAUAUGAGUGCCUUCAAGCAAUAAAAGAAAAAACACUUUAUCUAAAAUUUAGAAACAAACUAUUUCAUAUUUAAAGUUUAUAGAAACAUAAAAAAAUCAUAUGGGUAUCAUUUCCCAAGACAAAAAUAUGAAUUAAGGAAUAGACUUUUCUGUAAUGUGAAAACAUCUGAAUGAAUCUUAUAGAAAUUUACAUUCUGAAAUAGCUAAAAUGUAAUAGAAGAAAUGUAUGCUUCUUAAUCCCACGUGUGGAUUGUAUAAAUUAUUUUCUUGAGUUCAAACCACACAUAUCUGGACAGAGGGUCAUUUUAUGAAGCAAAGAAGGAGAAGACUAGGUAUUUGAACAACUAAUAAUGCCAACGUUAUGGUGGGAAAGAACUGAAUAAAAUAUACAGGAAUGAUAGUUCUCAAUGAAAUGUUAACAGCUAUAACCACAAGUUGCUUUGGUUCCCCUAUAGACCUGUAUCUCCUACCCCUUAUUAUUAUACUUUCUGGGAAUCAUAUCAUGGACUCUUCUAUUUAACCCAGAUUAUGAAUUUUCAGAGCUAAAAUUAAAUUUAUUAUAUUACAAACAUAAAUUAAGUUUCACCAAUGAGGGGAUGUAACAUGGUAAUAUCUGCCUUCAAGAAAAUCCUAGUCUGCUUUGGGAAUGAAAGAAAUAAGAGGAGAAUAUUAAAUAAUAAAAUAAGCAAAUAAUUAAGUGAUUACAUUUGUGGUCAAAACCCAACAGUGGGUCAUGAGAGCAAUUCAAUAUUUUAAGACGACAGCAUUAAAUCAAAAAUAAGUAAAUGGAAUAGGAAAAAAUAGCAUAGAAAAGUAUCAAAACUCAUUACUCAUAGUAAAAGCCAAUAAUUCUUUGUAAAACAUUUUUCAGAUACCUGUGUGAAAUAGGUCACCAUGUGAACUGUAUUUCUUGCUGUGAACAUUGUCCUAAAUGUUAGAAAAGCAUUGCACCAUAUGAUCUCUAUUUUAAAUUUAAAAUUUUUGAAUGCUGUGAAAAGACAGGCAAGAUCUUUUUGAAAAGUCACUUCGCAUCUGAAUCUUAAUCUUUACCUUUGCAAAAUAUGGAGAAGUACACUUAGUUGUAGAAUUUUUGUGAGAAUUAUGUGAAUCGAUGCAUGUGAAAUGCAUAGCACAAUGUUAAUGCACCAUUAAGUGGCAUAUUUUAUUAUUAAUAUUGUUUUCCAUUACUUUAUUCUUGGUUACCUAAAGUAUGGAAUACGGUCUGAGAAUGGAAAUAAUUCGUUUCUCAAAAUUCCAGACUGCUUUAGAGUUGUAUUUAAGCAGUGCUAAUUUCAAAACCUCGAGAUGAAAAGAGACCUGAUUUUGAUAUCCACUCAUCAGCUCAGCCCAUGUGUGCCUCUCUAUUUAUUGGUGGUACAGAGUCCAGGAAGUCAAAAUCACAGCUGUUGAGUUCUAGUCAUCUCCCUCAACUCUUUUUUGCAAAUCUCAAGUUGCCCUCUAUCCCUACUAAAGAAAAAUAUAUAUGUAUGUUUGCACUAGGCCAUAUUUACCUGAUUUUUUGACCUGACCCCAAUGUGCUUUCUGAAUAUCAUUCUAUUUCCAUGCAAAUAAAUGUGGGUUGGAAUUAACUGCAUAUCUGACAGAAUCACAUUUUUUGCAUAUGACAUUAUAAAUAUUAUAAAAUGAAUUUGGGCAGUAUUUACUAUCUGCUCAGUGGAAAUUGCAUUUUUUUUUUAAUGGUUCUGAUUGUAGACUUCUUGAAUAUGUCCUUUCUUAGCCUGGCAGACUCUGUUCUCCAGAGCUGUGCUUUGGCUGUGCAAAAAGUUUAAACAUUUUUCUUUUUUCUCUUUAAUCAAUUGGAAGUUUUAUGUCCUUGUCAUAAAAAUGGGAUUUAAAUUUAUCAGUUAAAAUAAGGCAGUUCAUAUUCAACUAUGACUAAGUUAAUGUUUCUAAGGGAACAUUUAUAUUUUAAAGGAAAUUUAUUAAUCCACGUGAAAAUUUCUAUUGAGAAUAUUGUGUAGAUGAAGAUACUUUUUGUCUUAUUUCCUUUUAACUUAUGUACUUUUGAGAGCAGUUGAUAAUCAUUGGGCAACACCUAAAGGAAUCCACUUAGGAGUAAGGACCAUUUAAUUAACAUUGCCAUCACCUAGUCUGGAGCACAACUCCCAUUCCCUCCCCUUCCCUUAUCAGUGUGAGUGACUCUUCUCUUAAUCAUGACAAUGGGAAGAAUAUGAUUGUUGACAGGGUGAAUUGCAUAAACCUGAAAUUCUGAAUUUUAUUCUAAAAGUGUGAGACUGUCAUUCUCAGUUGUGUUUCCUAAUUAACAAUGGAGUGAGUGGCAACUUUCAAAGUUUUCUGGCAAUUCUUUCUCUCAAAAUUGAUAUCCAUGUGUGUGUAUGUGUGUGAUGGGUAGGUAUUAACCAACAACAAAAGAAACUCAUAUGGGUGAAUACACGAAGAGAAAGAAUUGUAUUAUAGGUAAACAGAUUCUGUGCCCUUCCAUUAAUUAAUGUUUAGAAUAUCAAAAUGCCUGGUUGAAAGGUAAUAAUAUUUGAUUGUCAACAAGUUGGCUUGGGCUUUUCCACACUUGGGCAAUCAGUGAUCAACUUUUUUUGACAUUUUGUGAAAACCACCCUUAUUUAUUACUGGGCUACACAGACCACAAAGAGACAGCACAGUGGUUACAAUAAAAUACACUGAGUAAGGAUGAAUUAGAGAGAGAAAGUGAGAAACGAGAGAGGGAGAAAGAAAGAGACUACGAGCAUCUUCCUUCAUUCUGUGGUUUUAAGAGACUGAGAAGCAGGUUUGAUAUCUGAAGUCCGUGUAGUCAUAUACAUAUGUAAGUUAAAACAUGGAGAAAAGUAAUAAAAAUAAAUGAUUGUUGAGUAAUUCUUGUUAAAAUAUGACAAAGAAUGAAAUAAAGUGAUGCAGUAUGCCCUAGGAAGUAGUAAAAAAGAGAAGAAAUACAUAAAUUUUAUUUCAAAAUAUAGUAAUACCAAACUCUUUCAUUGAAAUGCCUGAAGAUAUGCGUCCUUUGUUUCCAUUGUUUCUUUGACAAAGAUGUAUGGAUUCAUGUGCCCAGUGUUUGCAAAUAUUACUCAGUUCAAAGAUGUCUCAAUGAUCCUAAGAUAAUGUACUUGUAAUUAUAGGAAACAGAACAAGGGAAGAAUUGGCGACACCAUUAGCAAAUCAUGUGGAAUCAUGUGACACUGUCAUAACAUUUCAUAAAUCUAUACGACAAGGUUGUAGCACUGUGAUUAUCAUUUCAGGGUAUUGCUGCUGAGGUGGGAAGCAAGUUUUCAACUGAAAAUCAGUUACGUGGAGUGAACAAGGUGUACAUAGUAGGCAUUUUAAAAUAUUAGUCUUUAGAUAUUAGCAUUUUAGAUAUUAACACAGUUUUAGUUUAAGAUGUAACAUUUCUUUUAACACUCUUAAUAGAAGAGUCUAUGAGAUAGACAUGAGGUAUAACAAUUGAAAGACUAAAAAUAAAUGCUGCAAAUUACUAAGCAUUACCCAGUUUAGAUUUAGUAAAAUAACUCAUAAGGACAGACCGAAAGUUGUAAAUCUCUAGCUAGACAACAAAUGAGCACAAUUAACUUCAGAUUGGACUAGUAAAAAUGGAGGGGGAAGGACAGAAUUGAGAGACAUGUCAAAUACUAGAUGGAUUGAACUUCCUCUCGGAUUAGAUGGUCAGCUGUCGAUGAGGGAGAGGGAGAAGUUAUCAAUGAGAUUUUUUUUUUUGCCUCAGUGGAUCUUGCUGCCUUUAAGCAAGACAAUACAAAAGAAAAAAAAAAGGUUUGGGGAGAAGGUAAUCUUAUUUGUAGAAGAGCUUGUUAACCUUCUCCUUAUCAUUCAAGCUUUAUUAAGCUUGUUAUCCAAAUGGGACCGGAUCUGCCUUAUGUAUUAACAUUCCCAGAGAAUUCUACACUUUUAUCCUUAUGUCACAUGAAAGUCUCUCUACUGUAUUCUACUUUAUUCUUUGUGUGAUAAUUGAAUAUUAUUACUAUUUAAAUUAUACUUCUUAAUUUUUUCAUUAAUUAUGUUUAUUUGGAAAUCAUUCUAAAAAUACAUAAUAUGUAAAUUAUAAAUAUUUUUAAAGUUUUUUUUUUCUUGUGUAACUUUGGCUACUGUAUAUGCCAAAAAUGGGCUUGACCAAUUUAAAGAGGAUACAGA